GUCUGCACAACUGUGAAUCGGUUUGAUGAAAACGUAAAAUUGUAGUUAUUCAGAGAAGUCGUGCUCUAAAAAGCUUUGGAACGAAGAUUGGUCAAGAUGGUAGUGCCUGCAGCCAAAAACCCUGAAGCUAUGGAUAUAGACAUAGUUUCUUCAGAAAGUCAAAAUGGUGAUGGAGAUGUCAUCGACAAGAAAGAUAUUGAUCUUCAAACAAUUCAUGAUAUUCGUGAACACGCUCGUCAGAUAGAGAAAGCUGUGCAGAGCAAAGAACCUCGUUUCAUUUUAAGAGUAUUGCGUUCACUACCCAAUACUCGUCGUAGGUUAAACUUUAAUGUUUUGCAUUCAACGAUUGUAAGUUUCUAUUUAAAACCAUGUUCAGAACGUGAUGCAUUAUUAUCAAGAUUAGAAGAAUCUGCUGAAAUAGAAGAAAUUCAAAAAGUUCGUCCUACCGCUUUGAGUUCAUUACCAGAAAUUGAUGCUUACAUUCUUUUACUCGUUCUCAUGCGUUUAAUAGACACUGGAAGAUACGAGCAAGCAGUUCAGUGUUCUGAAGAAUUGUUACAAAAGAUUAUUGCACAGAAUAGACGUACAAUCGAUUUGAUUGCUGCAAAAUGUUAUUUCUAUUAUUCGAGAGCAUAUGAGCUAGUUGGUAGAUUGGAUAAAAUUCGAGGGCUGUUGCACCUGAGAUUAAGAACUGCAACAUUGAGAAAUGAUUUUGAAGGACAAGCAGUACUGAUUAAUUGCUUGUUAAGAAAUUACUUGCAUUAUAACUUAUACGAUCAAGCAGAUAAGCUUGUACUUAAGUCAACGUUUCCAGAGUCUGCAAGCAACAAUGAAUGGGCCAGAUUUUUAUACUAUCUAGGACGUAUAAAAGCAGCCAGAUUAGAGUACUCUGCUGCACACAAGUACUUGGUACAGGCUCUUAGAAAAGCUCCUCAAAGUACUGCAGUUGGUUUCCGUCAAACAGUUCAGAAGUUAGCUGUAACGGUAGAACUUCUACUUGGGGAUAUCCCUGAACGACAAACUUUCCGACAAGCAGCGAUGCGUCGUGCAUUGGCUCCAUACUUUCAAUUAACGCAAGCAGUGCGUUUGGGAAAUCUACAACGUUUUGGUGAAGUUUUAGAGAACUUUGGUCCACAGUUUAGAAGCGAUCAUACGUUUACUCUGAUUCUUAGAUUGAGACAUAACGUUAUUAAGACUGCAAUAAGAUCGAUUGGACUCUCCUAUUCCAGAAUUUCUCCUGCAUACAUCGCAAAGAAACUAGGUUUAGAUUCAAGCGUUGAUGCCGAAUUUAUUGUAGCUAAAGCUAUCAGAGACGGAGUAAUUGAAGCCACUUUGGAACCGGAAAACGGAUACAUGCGCAGCAAAGAAACUACCGACAUUUAUUGCACUAAAGAGCCGCUGCUCGCAUUUCAUCAGAGAAUUACAUUCUGCUUAGAUUUACAUAACCAGAGUGUUAAGGCCAUGAGAUAUCCUCCAAAAUCAUAUGGAAAAGAUCUAGAAUCAGCAGAAGAACGUAGAGAAAGGGAACAACAGGAUUUAGAACUUGCUAAGGAAAUGGCAGAGGAAGAUGAUGAUGGAUUUCCUUAGGAUGUUCACCUUUUGGAUACAUUUAAUUAAUAAAGCAAUUUAUCAUGAAGUUAAUACUACACUUUCUUAUAUUUUGUAACAUGUUAAACAGUUAAAAUUUCGUAACAAUUGGUGAAUUUAAUGAGUUGGAAUUUUUAAAAGAGAUAUCUUUUGUUAAGAACUAAGGAAAAGUAAAUUACACUAA